AUGAAAAUGCGAUCUGUGGUGGGACCUUUUAAUUGGAUUGAAAUGAUGAGUUGUGUCGAUUAUGAAUUUUAUGAAUUAAUUUCAUCCUUUUUAUAUUCGGUCAAGUCUGAAAAUUGUCGAAUUUUACCAAAUCACAUUCAAAUAAUGGUUCCAUCGAGUGAUCACGAUCGGAAAUAUUUAAUUUUCUAUGAUCGGGAAGAGAAACUCUAUAGAAUAUUGAAAGAUGAGAAAGAUGAAAUGAUUCCCUAUCAUGAAGAGGAUGAUGGAAUGGGUAAAAUUAAAGAGCUUGUGAAGAGUGCAAAGGUAGUUUCGGCUAAAAUUAAUUCAGAAACUUUCUAUUCGGUUGAUCUUAUGCAUACCCAUACGGAGUGUCAGCAAGAAGGCUUGGAAUGGUUGUUGCAACAGCAAACAAAAUAUUUCGACCAUAUUCCUACGGAAUUCUUUUUCAGUAUUUUGGAUUUUCACACAAAUCCAUCAAGUUUUAGGUUUGACAGAUUUUGUAUAGGAGGGGAGUUGUUAAAUGCGUUGAAACAUGAAAAAAUUCUGCCUGAAUCCCAUAAUACUCAAUUCAAGCAUUUCAAUGUAACAAAAAUUGGAACCAAAGCUUCAAAUUUGUGGAAUUAUCCUUACGAAGGAGCACUGGAGAGAUUGUUCAAUAGAGGUAAAUUGAGUAAUGAGUUGGGAAUUGAUUUGAUUCAUAGAGGAUUUGAAAUUUCAAUGCGUACAUUGAUUUCAAAAGAUUCUCAAUUGGCUCUUGAUCUAACAGUUGAAUAUUGUAAAGUGAAUCAAAUUGAUUUGUUGAGGAAGAUUGCCAUGAAAGAUCAUGUUCAUAUUACAAACGCUGUGGAAAUGUUUUACUAUUUCACAUGUUGCGUUUUUCAAAUUCCUAUCUGGCUCUAUUCUCCUUCUAAUAGAUGGAUUGAUUAUAUCAAAAAUUUGGAUUCUAAUAUUCAUUUUCCAUUUGCUUCAAAAUGUGAAACUCUAUCAGAAGAAUUACAAAUGCCAAGAGUCUGCCUCCUUGCUAAGAAAUCCCUUCAAGAUUCCUCUUAUGGAAGAAUUCAAUUGGACAGACUAUCUUACAUUACGAAGAAUUAUGUAAAAUCUGUGAAUAUUCAAUAUAUCGAAGAAGAUUUAGUGCAAUACGAUAAACUCAAUGAGGAAUUUUCACACUAUGACUGUAUCAUAUAUUGCGUGGAGAGAUUAGAUACCAGUACUAAUAACAAAGAAGAGAAAGGAAUUGAUUUUAAUGUGUUGAAACAUUUGGCUGAAAGUGGAAAGAGAAUUUGCUUUAUGUUUAAAAUAGAGAAUUUGAAAAACUUCCCAAAAUCACCAAUUCCAUUACUGAAACAUGUCAAAUGUGGUCUAUUUGAGUUUUCUGAACGAAACAUUCACACUCUCAUUACAGGACGAGAUAUAGACAUUAAGGAAACUAAAUAUAAGGGUGUUGAUCCUUGUCCACCUCCACCAACUCAAAACAAUGAUGAUGAUGAAGAAGAAGAAUAUUAUUCUAGCAUCUUUUAUUAA